AUGGUUAUAGGAGGAAGAAAUGAAGCAGGGGAUGAUGUUAGAGGAAUUGAAAGAAAGAAAAAGUAUAAACUUGAUACCUUUAUCAAUAUUAAGAAGAUUGGUGGUCUUAACUUGACAGCAACAGAGAUGAUCGUACAGCUAGCAGAUAAUGCAAUCAUACAACAAACACUUCCACAAAAGGAAAAAGAUCCUGGAAGAGUUACGCUACCGGUGACUAUUGGAAAUGUAAAUGUUGGAAAAGCUUUAAUCGAUCUUGGCUCAAGUAUCAAUAUUAUUCCACUCCCCGUGAUAAAAAGAAUUGGUGACUUGGAUAUUAAGAAUACAAGGAUGACGUUGCAGCUAGCCGACAAAUCAGUUACAAAUCCAUGUGGUAUUGCCGAAGAUGUUCUGGUCAAGGUAGACAAAUUUCUUUUUCUGAUUGAUUUUGUUGUCAUGGACAUUGAAGAGGAUGAUAACGUGCCACUGAUUUUGGGGCGUCCUUCAUGA